UGCCGCCCGCAAGCACGCUCACCUCCGUUGCGCCUGCGUCCUGGCCUUCCCGGAUUCUGUUAAUGGUGGUGGCUGCUUUUUGGGGUACGCUGAGUGAUGGGAGAGUGUGCUCUUUAACUUCAGAGGGAGAUGCGCUCUCGUGUUGCCGUCAGGGCCUGCCAUAAGGUCUGCAGGUGCCUGUUGUCUGGGUUUGGGGGUCGAGUAGAUGCAGGGCAGCCGGAGCUGUUGACGGAAAGGAGUAGCCCCCAAGGAGGACACCUGAGGUCGCACACGGAGCUCGAGGGGAACGGCGAGCACCCAGAAGCCCCCGGGUCUGGAGAGGGAAGCGAGGCGCUGUUAGAGAUCUGUCAGAGAAGGCAUUUCCUAAGUGGAAGCAAGCAGCAGCUUAGCCGGGAUUCUCUUCUGAGUGGGUGCCACCCCGGCUUUGGACCCUUGGGCGUAGAGUUGCGGAAGAACCUGGCCGCAGAAUGGUGGACCUCGGUGGUGGUGUUCAGGGAGCAGGUAUUCCCGGUGGACGCCCUCCACCAUGAACCAGGCCCUUUGCUACCCGGGGACAGUGCCUUCAGGUUAGUUUCUGCAGAAACUCUACGCGAAAUCUUGCAAGACAAAGAGCUGAGUAAGGAACAGCUAGUAGCAUUUCUUGAGAACGUAUUAAAAACUUCUGGGAAACUACGGGAGAACCUUCUUCACGGUGCCUUGGAACACUAUGUUAAUUGCCUGGAUCUGGUAAACAAGAGGCUACCUUAUGGCCUUGCUCAGAUUGGAGUGUGUUUUCAUCCUGUUUUUGACACUAAGCAGAUACCAAAUGGUGUUAAAAGAAUUGGUGAGAAGACUGAAGCUUCAUUAGUGUGGUUUACUCCUGCGAGAACUUCAAACCAAUGGCUUGAUUUCUGGUUACGUCAUCGACUCCAGUGGUGGAGAAAGUUUGCCAUGAGUCCAUCUAACUUCAGCAGCAGUGACUGUCAGGAUGAAGAAGGCAGGAAAGGAAACAAACUUUACUACAGUUUUCCCUGGGGAAAGGAGCCAAUAGAAACCCUGUGGAACCUAGGAGAUCAAGAACUUUUACACAUGUAUCCUGGCAAUGUAUCUAAAUUACAUGGCCGCGAUGGACGAAAAAAUGUGGUUCCUUGUGUUCUGUCUGUAAACGGGGAUCUAGACCGAGGCAUGCUGGCCUACCUCUAUGAUGCUCUUCAGCUGACGGAGAACUCCUUUACAAGAAAGAAAAAUCUUCAUAGAAAGGUCCUUAAACUUCACCCUUGUUUAGCCCCUAUUAAGGUUGCUUUGGAUGUAGGAAGAGGCCCCACAUUGGAACUAAGGCAGGUUUGUCAAGGGCUAUUUAAUGAGUUACUAGAAAAUGGAAUUUCUGUGUGGCCUGGUUAUUUGGAAACUAUGCAGUCCUCAUUGGAACAACUUUAUUCAAAGUAUGAUGAAAUGAGUAUCCUCUUCACAGUUUUGAUCACUGAAACUACUUUGGAGAAUGGAUUAAUUCAUCUGAGAAGCAGAGACACGACAAUGAAAGAAAUGAUGCAUAUAUCCAAAUUAAAAGACUUUUUGAUUAAGUAUAUAUCAUCAGCUAAGAAUGUAUAGAUUUUUGUAUUUGUAUAAUAAAUAUUCUUCUUUCCUAA